UGGUCUGGUCUAUUUUCCCAUUAAUCUUUGUAAGGUUCAAGUUUUUCACACAUUUGACAUUCCAUGAAUUCCUUCAGAUUGGGGGAAUUUCUUUUUUGCUCAGAUUGAAAUAGUGAUUCAUCGCAACUUGGGAGUUUAGGGUUUUCAAUUAUCAUCAACAGAUAUACUCAUCAUCAACAAUUUCUACGCUCAAAGGGAUUUUGCUUCUGCUCAGAGUGCAAUUUAGGGUUUUGAACAACAAAUUUUGGGGGUUUUCUUAGAUUAUCAUAUUAGGUUAAAGUAUGGAAGAAACAAGGAAUGCACCAUAUUCUGAUGGGGAAGAUAGAAUUAGUAGGUUACCAGAUGAACUAAUUCAUUACAUCCUGUCUUUCAUUGAUACUAAGUAUGCAGUCCAAACUAGUGUUUUGUCGAAAAGGUGGAUUCAUAUCUGGAAAUCUUUACCUUUUCUAAAAUCCAUUAGGAGUUCGUUUUCGAAUGAAAAUACUAAGGGGUUCAUAGAAUUUGUUUAUAUGGUAUUCGCACCGCGAUAAAACCGAUAUUCAGAAGUUUAGUGUGGAUUGGGAUGACUCUUUAUUUGAUAAUACGGUGAUAAUGAAUGUUAAUAGACGGAGCCUUAGUGCCGUCAGAUAUGGUGUUCAAGAAAUAAGCAUAAUCAUCGAGCAAUUGCAUAAUUCAGCAUAUGAAAUUCCUCACCGUCUUCUUAAUUGAGAGUCCCUGAGAAAGCUGGAGAUACAAGGGUUCCAUCCUGCUAGAUAUGUAGAUAUUACUCUGCCAAGAUCAAUUAAUUUACCUCAGCUUAAAGAACUGACCAUGUAUGGAUUCUCAAUCUCCAAUCUAGAAUUAUCUAAAAGAUUCUUUUCAAGUUGUCCGGUUCUUGAAACGUUAAACACAAUUGGUUCUGAUGUACAAACGGAUAACCAUAGGAAUUUUACUGUUGAUUCUCUCAGCCUUGAGAAGUUUUCAUACACUCGUUCGCAUAAACAUCUUUUGCCGGAAAAUGAUAAUGUGACAAACAUUAUCAAGUUAUGUGCUCCGAAUCUGGAAGACUUCUUUUGCAGUUUCUUCUUGACACCAGAUUAUUCUCUAGAAAUCUCUUCUCCACUGUCUGGGGUAAGUUUUCAGGUGAGACUCAAUGCACAAAAACAAGAUGAGAGUGCAGAAACAUAUGAAAAUCUUCCUUCAAAGGAGAAAGCUGUGUAUGCUAAACGUAUGUUGAAAUACUUAGGAGCGGUUUCGAUGGUGAGAGACAUGGGGCUAUCACCUGGUUUCCUUGAGGUUCUCUCACAAGCUCCUGACUUAUUAAGCUGCCAACAACUUCACUUAUAUAAUUUGCAAGAUUUGUCGCUGCUAAUGUGGCUUACAAGAGGUUCUUUGCGGGCAUUAGCAUACUUACUCAGCAUUUCUCCUAAUAUAACUAGACUUUUUCUUGAAUCCAAGCAGUCAACUUUAACGGGCGUUGGAGAUGACUGGGAAACAGGAUUGUCAUUGCCGGGAAUGCUGUCUCAUCUCAAGUAUGUCGAGAUGGAAGAAGCGGAAGGAUGUGAUGCUGAACUCAAACUUCUGAGUUUUUUGUUGAGAAAUGCAAAGGUUUUGGAGAAAGUUGUUAAUUUCUUUCGUUCUACAGUUGACUUGCCUGAUAAAUCUAGAGUGAGACAAGUUGAGCAAUUUAAGGAUAAGCUAAGAGCAGUUCCUACAGCUUCAUUAAGUAUCAAAAUGCUGUUUUAUUAAAACUUAGUAGGUGACACUGUGAACUUUUACUAGAACCUGCAACAAACAUUAGACAGAUGAGAAGCAAUACUUGCAAAAGAUGCAAGGACUUCCCUUGCGAAAUUAAGUAGUUUGGUUUGGUGUUUUCUCCUAUCGUUUUUGCAGGAUGUCUUCUUCUGUAAAAUAAUAUUAAUAUCCAAAUGUCUAUUUGGAAAUUCGUUAAAAGUUAUCAUUGCUGGUU